AACAUGGCGACCUGCAUGAGAGCCGUGGCCAGAGUGGGGAGCAUCGCCCUGUCCGGGCUGCAGCCGGUCGGCUCACGGUGUCCCAGGAGGAGGACCACCAUUGUGGUCCCCCAGCGCUUUUCACAGGGAGCCCGCAGUAGUUUGUACGAGCACGUCCUGGAGGGCUACAGCGACAAGCCCGAGCUGGACAUGAAGACAGUGAUCGAGCAGACUGACAAAGUCAUCGCUAACGUGGAGAGCAGGAAGGGAGACCUGCGAGGGGACGACGUCAGGAAAAUAGUGUGUGUGUGGCAGGAGCUGCAGGCAGUGAAGACAGAGAUCUGUGAGCUGGAAGAGGAGAAGACCCGCGUCAGUGGUGCAGUCAGGGCACUGGUGAGCAAGACGGAAAAAAAGGCACUCUCAAAUCUCCCAGAGUACGCUCAUUCCCUGCAGAAGGGUCGGGACAUCCGCAACAGACUGAAUGAGCUCCAUCUCCGAGAGACUGAACUGGAUCAGGAACACUACAGCCGAGCACUCAGGCUGCCCAACAACACACACCCUGACGUGCCAGUUGGUGAUGAGAGCCAGGCAAAGGUGUUGGAGCUCGUCGGACAGAAACCAGAAUUUGACUUCAAGCCCACAGGCCAUGUAGAGCUGGGGGAGAAGUUGGGACUCAUCCGACAGAGGCACCUGUCUCACGUUUCCGGACACAGGUCCUACUACCUCAGAGGAGCAGGGGCAAGGCUUCAAACGGCACUGCAGAACUUCACCUUUGACACACUACAGCGACGGGGCUUCAUUCCCAUGGUUGUGCCCGAUAUGCUGAAGGGGGCAGUGUUUGAGGGUUGUGGGAUGCAGCCCAACGCCCACCGCUCGCAGGUGUACUCGCUGGACCCGGCCCGCUUCCCAGACCUCAACCUGGCUGGAACCGGAGAGGUUGGUGUGGCAGGCUACUUCAUGGAUCAUGCAGUGAACUGGAAAGACCUCCCCGUUAGGACGGUGUGCAGCAGCACCUGCUACCGCGCAGAGACGGACACAGGCAGAGAGGCCUGGGGGCUGUACAGGGUUCAUCACUUCAAUAAGGUGGAGAUGUUUGGAGUGACGGCUGACGAGACGGGCCAGGAGAGCGCUGAGCUGCUGGAGGAGUUUGUGUCUCUGCAGAAAGAGAUCUUUUCUGCGCUGGAACUGCACUACCGAGUGCUGGACAUGCCAACUCAGGAACUGGGUCCUCCAGCACACAGGAAGUACGACAUCGAAGCCUGGAUGCCUGGGAGGAACCGCUACGGAGAGAUUUCUAGUGGAUCCAACUGCACAGACUAUCAGAGCAGACGCCUAAACAUCCUGUAUGAGAGGGAAGACGGCAGUCUUCAGUACGCCCACACGGUGAAUGCUACAGCUUGUGCGAUCCCUCGAACCAUUAUUGCCAUCCUGGAGACCCACCAAACUAAAGAGGGGGCAGUACGCGUCCCCCCCGCCCUGCAGCCCUACUUGGGUCUGGAAGUGAUUGACAAGCCACCACACACUCCACUGAAAUACAUCGGACCCAACCAGCAGCACCGGCCCCCCAGGCCUGCCCCGAAGACCAGAUGAGACUCGUGCAGGUCGAGUGCUGCGACACCAGCCCACAUGGAAAACAGCUCAGUUGUGCUUAAAUAAUGAAAGUGAACUUCUUUUUUGUUCAUUUACCUCAAGUGAAAUCUAACCAUACACAAAGUGUGAGUGUGUGUUAUGAGAGUGAGUGAGUUGAUGAAUGUAAGCCUCUUGUACAGUCUCUUGUAUUUAGAAAUAGA